GAGCCGAGUCACCUCCCUGCUACCUUUUAUUCGGUAAAGGGAGCUGAAGUGAGAGUAAUGUCUGUGUGCCGCUUUAUCUCGACAGAGCAGAACGCUACCCCAACCCAUUGAAAUCAUUUGCCUGAAGCCAGCUGGCUCGGUACCAAACCCCUCCCACACUGCACCAUCUCCCAUCAUGCCCCGCGCAGUAGCGAACUACAUCUCCCGGGAUGCUCCAGUAUGUCACGUGAUGUCACAAUGCCUAUAAAUGAUCAUCUGUUGGAGCCGUGAGCCCAUUGUUACCGCUGUACGAAGCCGGGUGGGUCGGGAGGGAGGUCGCGGGGUUUUAUCACAUUACAGAUUCCUGCCCUUCAGUGCAUGACACCCACACUUCUAUGGGAAUAGCCCCGUGUUCCCCCUCUUCUUAUUCUUCAGCCUCUGAAUAAAUACAUUAAGCGCUGGUUUCGGGGUACAGAUUAGGGAAGGAGUCGAGGAGAUACACAUAGGACUAUAUAAGGGACAUGACUGUGAGGGCUCCAUCCACUCGUACUGUGUGAAUUCAGCCCCUCUCUCUCGCUCACACCGAUCCCCAUAAAGCUAAUGCCCCGGCCAAGCCGAUCUGCUCAUUCACUGCUGGCCGGAGCGCCCGUCCUGUAAUUCAGCGGCAGCGAUUUGUCGUGUGACAGCGGCGACCAGGAGCAAGCAGCGGCGAUUGUGUUCUCUCGGCCCGUUCAGCUGUGCAGAUUGGGGGAUCGGCAGGAGGCAGAGCCGCUGGAAGGACGCUACACAUUAGGCCACCAUAAAACAAAUGGAUGCAGUCACGAGCAGAAGUUUGAAAAGAAGGUUCGAAGAGGUAGAUGUUGGCUCCCCCAUCUCUACGCCUAAAGAUUCUGAUGAUGAAAUCUCCAACAGUGAUAGCGCGGAAAGCUGUGACAGCAUCAAUGCACCGACCACCAAUGAGCUUAUGCCAACAUCCAUCCUUAAGCGGCAGAAACAGCUCAGGCAGAAGAAUGUGCGUUUUGAUCAGGUGACUGUAUAUUAUUUUUCCCGGCGGCAAGGUUUCACUAGUGUCCCCAGCCAAGGAGGCAGUUCUCUGGGGAUGGCACAUCGUCACAACUCUGUGCGCAAAUACACUCUGUGUGAGUUUGCCGAGGAACAGGAAGUGACCCACCGUGAAAUUCUGCGCGACCACUUGAAGGAGGAGAAGCUUCACACACGUAAAAUGAAGCUGACCAAGAAUGGCACUGUAGAAUCUGAAGAGGCGGAAGGCCUGACCUUAGAAGACGUGUCAGACGAGGACAUAGAUGUGGACAGCGUGGAAGUAGAUGAUUACUUUUUCCUUCAACCGCUACCAACCAAGCGGCGCAGAGCUCUUCUGCGACAAGCUGGGGUGCAUCGUAUAGAUGCAGAGGAGAAGCAGGAGCUGAGAGCUAUUCGCCUUUCGAGGGAAGAAUGUGGAUGUGACUGCAGACUGUAUUGUGAUCCAGAAGCUUGUCCUUGUAGUCAGGCUGGAAUCAAGUGCCAGGUGGAUCGGAUGUCCUUUCCUUGUGGCUGUUCUCGGGACGGUUGCAGUAAUAUAGCUGGUCGUAUAGAAUUUAAUCCUAUCCGAGUACGAACUCAUUACCUUCACACAAUCAUGAAACUUGAACUGGAAAAAAAGCACCAGCUACCGAAAACAACACAACCCGUGGAGGAAGAAGUUCCUCAUGCCUCCAUUGUGGUCCCACCCCAUCAGGAAACGCAAGACUUCCAAGAAUUCAUUGCCGAAAACUAUCACCUGGAGAACGAGGCUGCCGUGCGACACCUGCAAAGUGCAGAGGAGCGCCAGAGGCUUUUGGAUGAAGGUGACGAGGAAUCAAGUGGUUCUAGUCUCAGUCUGGACUCCACUGUGGAGGGUUUAGAAGUCUGUCUUUUGGAGACACCCAUGUCCCUAUCACCCUCUUCCUGCCAUGAUUCUGUCCUACUUUCUGCUGGCUCCUCUGUCCUCUGCUUCACUGAUGAGGACUCGGGGAGACCAGCCACCCCUCCAGAAUACACAGAGGACAAUGUGGUAUCUAUUUAUGAUCACAACCACACAGGCUUGGAAGCCGAGCCUACGGUCACAGAAUCUGUCCAUUCUGAGAUCACACAGCCAAAUACCUUAGAUAAGGUAAAAGCUGAAGAUUGCACAGUGCCCUCCUGUUUUGAGGAGGGACACACAGAGGCACUUAGUACCUCCCCAAGUAUAGCAGAGACUUCCUUUGCAUCGGAUGCACAUAUAGACAGGGUAACAGUUUAUAAGGAGGGGGAACUGGAGGGGAAACCUGAAAGCCAACAUUUCCCUGCAGAAGGUACCCUGAGUAUAUGACACACACUUUUUGGCAGCUAUUUUGCACAAGCCAGUCCAACUUCUCCCCUCUAACUUAGUAUAACAUUUAUGCUUCAACUUAGUUCCCCUAAAGCACGCCCAUGAUGUUUUUUAAACUGGUUUUUGCCUCCAUUCAAUAUUAAGGAUACAUUUUCCUUUAGGGCAGAAAACAAGCAAUUUGGUUGUUUGACAAGGAUCUCUUAUAUACUGUGAGACUUGUGUGGGAAAGAUCUUUGCAGGGUUGUUUACAACAUGUAAAGUCUAUUUCAGCCAUGACUCCUGCGUGGGCCAAAUAGGGAGGAUGUUUGACAUCUUUCUGGGUUUUGUUGCAAUAUUUCUCCCAAGUUCUGUGUAUUCAGGAUUUGCUCCCAUCAGACCUGCCAGUCUCCUAAAUCCGCUGCAGAAUUAGUUUCACCGUCCAAAGAAGAUGAGGGUUUCUCCUUGUAUCUGCAGUUUUUCUGUGCAUGCUUUUCCCACAUUCCCUGAGUUUGGUUUGUGUGAAUCGUCACACAAGUGGAGUUUAAUCUGUUGGCCAAGGCAGAUCAAACGGGCAGGCACAUACAAUAUGGUGCUAAUGAGAAGAGUGGAAUAUCACUUUCAUAGAGCUGGGCUGUCUUUUCUUCUGGUGCAGAGAUACUUCAGGCCACGCCAGGCACCUGGGCUAAAGAUGAUGAAUAAGCCCUCCUUUUAAAGCUGCUACUUUUCAACCUGACAAAAUAAGGGGGACAUUUGCGUUCUCGAGUGCUCGUCUUUUGUGUGAGUGUGGUGAGUGGAGACACUAGGCAUUUUCUUAGUGCUGGUCCCACUUUUUUGAAAUAUAUGGAUACUACCUUUAAUUUCUCUUUCAACCAUGCUCAAAUGAUGAAAUUCCCAAAAUACGGUUCGUUGGUAUUUAUGAUCUCCAGGCAUUACAUAUGUUCACCUGUCUUGAUUUUUAGAAUUUUUCGUUUUAGGGGAUUGUACAUGGAUUUAAAUAACAGUAUUAUGGGAUGGGAUUCUUCAUUUAAAAAAACAAAAAAAAAAAACUAUGUGUGGUUUCGUGGAGUGUUGGAA